AUGUCCGAAACGCCCGAGUCCGAUGUCCCUAACUCCGUACCGCGACCCGUCAUGUCCUUUUCCUCCUGCAAGUCUGAAGCCGUCAACGAUGGGCUUGCGACCGUGACCGAAGAUGGGGACAUGCAGUUUGACCCUUCGGGUCGCUCCUGGAACGAUGGCGCUCAAACGACCGCCAUUGAGCACCUCGUGACCCUCAAAGAGGGCUUGCACACCCCGGAUACUGAGUUGUUCUGGAAACGGCUCAUGGAAGAUAUCACGUUGAUGGGCAAGGCCCAGUAUGGAUUCGUCGCCCGCAGAGUACAUGGUGGCGAACCUAUGGCCGAACUUGGCGGGCGGCGCCCGACCCUCUUCGGUGCCGCGUUCUAUUACAACGACGGCUACCAGACCGUCGGGCUGCAGCGACACCGGUAUUUCGCAGGCGGAAACCCUCUUUUGCAUAUGGAUCAUGAGCGACCCUGUCUGAUUCCCGAAAACCUCAAAUCUUUGGUAUCAUUUGGAGACGACCAGUUGCCGUUUGCUGCUGAGGCCUACUUGGCUAUCCCCCUCUUCUCAGCCGGCAAAUGCCUAGCAUAUCUCGGUCUGAUGUGGUCUUCUGAAGGCCUCCGUACUCGAACCCUGUCCUGGACUUUUCUGGAAAUGAUGUUACAUUCUCUCGAGGACAGGGUCGUUCAAAGACUCCUACUAGACGAAAUGUUCACCGGCCAGAGUCUGAAUUCUGUUCCAACGUCUGAUACGUCGAUUGUUCAAAAUAACCAAACAGCUUCCUUCAACGACGCCUUUGAUUUCACAUCCCAGCCACUCAAACCGUACGCACGCAGCUUAUCCCACGAGCUGCGGACUCCAAUGCAAGGCGUGGUAGGCAUGCUCGAUGUUAUGCAUGCCACGGUCCGUGAAGCGAUGGAGAGCAAGACCCCCGUGAAGUCGGGUGGUAUCUUCCAAGCUCUUAAAGAGGGCAUUGAGAUGGUUCAAGACAGCGCAAGACGUGCUGUCGAAGCGGCCGACAACGUUGUACAUGCCUAUGAUCUCAACAUGCAAGUCCCCAAAACACCACAACGGGAGGAAGAGAACGGCAUGUUUGAGAACCAAGGUCCGCCGCCCGUGACGAGUGAGCGUCGUCCGAGUGUUUUCAUUGAAGGAAACAACAUCGCAGUGAACCCGUACAAGAGGCGACGGAGUCUUCCCCUCGACAUGAGCUCUGGUGGUCCAGCUCCCCGCAGGCAAAGAACCCGAGCAUCAUCAUCGCGACAAGAACUAUCACCUCGCAGUGAAGAAGUCAAGAAUGCCGUCCACGAGAGUGAACAGAUCGUUCAUGCUACACCCGCCCGCCAAAUCGAAGCAGUCAUGGCUAACAUGGUCGAUCCUCGCCCAUCAAUCGCCGUUCGACGGUCAGCCCCCCACCUGCUACUGGAAGGCAUCAAUAUGAACCUACGGGGUCCAGCUCUGCGUUUCACAAAAUUGCGGGACCUUCUCCGCUUGGUGAUCAACGAGUCUCUCCACGUUGGCGGCAGGCCUGACUCUGCUGUCAGCAAUGCAACCGAGUCUGGUGAGAAAAUUGAAAUUCGGUCUAAAACGUCGAAUGGAGAAAUUCACACCAAGAUUGUGGACUGGUCUGUUGACCCGGCUUUGCCCGACACCCUGCUUGCCGACGACAGGGAUCUGGCUAAGUUGAUCUCGUGCGUCUUUCUCAAUGCCAUCAAAUUCACAAACAGCGGCACAAUUACGUUAUGUGCGACGAUUGACACCAAAACCAACGAUGUCUUGAUUCGCGUGCGUGAUACUGGCCCUGGCAUUCCGGAAGCAUUCAUACCAAAUCUCUUUAAACCAUUUGCUCGCGAGGACGCAUCAACGACUCGCAGUAAAGAUGGAUUGGGCUUGGGACUUCUUGUCGCGAAGGGUCUCUCGCGGAAGAUGGGAGGUGAUCUGAUUUGUGUUCGCUCCUCGACUACCGGCCCCGAUCACGGCUCCGAGUUCCAGAUCCGUGUGCCCGUGAACCAGCGGGAGGCUUAUAAUCGACUUGGAACCCCGAAUGAGAGGACCAUGACACCCCCAAUGAUCAACGACCACUCCCGCCAGGGCAGUGCCAGCAGUUUCAUCUGGGAAAAUUCUGCAUCCAUCUCCCCUUCUUUGCCUCCGAGCCAGCUGCAACAACCGACACCUAGUACCGGUGAUGAGAAAUGUUCUGAGAGCCCGACACCGCCGCCAACAUUGCCGCCAUCCCGACCGAUUCGCUCGCAUCUCAACCGGGACUUCUACGAUAAGAAGCUCGGCGAGAAGUUUCCAUUACGUUUUCUCGUUGCGGAAGAUAAUCGAAUCAACCGCCGUGUGCUAAUCAACAUGCUGCGCAAGCUGGGCUACCGGGACGUCCUCGAGGCUGCCGAUGGCAGAGAAGCCGUUCAAAUCGUACAAGACCUUUUGUCUGCGUCAACCACCAAUAGCAUCAACCCAGAAGGAGAUUCUAGUGUCACUGCCCAGGCAAGUGAUUUGUCGAAGGUGAAACCCAUCGACAUUGUGCUCAUGGAUCUCUGGAUGCCCGAAAUGGAUGGUUACGAGGCGACGUCUCGAAUCCUUCAGAUGAUGAAUGAUCACCGGAGGCAAUAUCCUGGACCCAACGAUGGCUCAAUGCAGAUAGACAACACUGGUCAUCUCGAUUACAUGGCUGUCGAUCCAACCUCACCUACGAUUCGAGCUCCGCAGCCUCCCACCGUGCUCGCUGUCAGCGCCGAUGUCACUGACGAGGCGCUGAAUCGUGCCUCGAAAGUGGGCAUCAAAGGCUACAUGACGAAGCCUUACAAACUUUCAGACCUCGAACGACUCAUCGUUAAGUUCUGCGGUCUUACUGCCGACCCCGCCGCGGCGUAA